AUGCUACUCCCAUACUUCGCAUACUUCCCACCGCGGCGCCUCCUCCUUCUCUUCCCGCUAUCACUGCUAUGCUUCUACCAUCUCCGCACCUCGCCCUCCGCCGCCGAAGAUCCGAACAGCAUCUUCCGUCCGGGCGCCACCAGCGCAGCACCUCCCUACAGCCCCAGUACAAACCCGCUUUCGCAGCGCACGCGGCUACACCACGGACCAUGGACGCUGACGUCCCCCUUGGCGGCAACCGCCGGCCGGCCGCUCACGCUGUCGAUCGCCUGCACCGCCGUGUACUCUGCCGACUGUCCGGCGAGCUAUUACAUCCAGUACUACGGGCCGACAGCGGGGAGCGUCCCCGCACGCGCGUUCCGUGUCUCGGCCGACGGCCGCACGGUCACCGCCACGUUUGCGAUCGCGGAUCCGGGGGAUUACAUGGUGUAUGCGUGGCCGAACGCGUUGGCGUGCGCAAGGCAGCAGGAUGCGGGCGUGAAGGACGAGUUGCAUGCGUACAGGCGGAUGGCGAGGGGUGCGCCAGCGAGGUUGUUGGUCGUCGGGAGGGGACGGGUGGACGGGUAUAGGGCGUGUGAUGGGUUUACGCAGGCGGUCGAUGCGAGGUGGGUAAGGGCCGAUGCGGUGAAGGGCGAGGUAAAGGAGAUGUACGGGUGGACGGAGAGCGGAGGGUAUGUCUAUGUUCCGCAUAACUGCAAGAUUCCGCAUCGGACGGUGAAGGAGGCGCUCGGUGAGCUCGGGGUGGAGAGCGUGCUGUUCCUAGGCGACUCGGUGACGAGGGGCUAUGUGUGCUCCAUCGUGUGGCCGCAGCUAUUCGGUCACGGGUGUGAGGGCGACGGAGGCAGGCAUGGUAAUCGGUAUGGCGCAUGGCACAAUCCCUCGACCGGGCGGAGGGUGGAUGUUUCGUUCGUGUUCCUCGGCGCGGAAGGGCUGAGUGGAUCCGCUCUGCAAGAGAUACGGAGGACGAAGACGCCACCAGGCCUCGUGGUGUAUAAUAUUGGCCUGUGGAUGCCGGGGAACGAUGAGUGGGAGAUGAAAAAGGAGUAUCGGAGGUUCUUUGAUGAGGUGGAUGCGCUAUGGGGGAACGAGACGCGUGUGGUCGUGAGGGCAACGACGAGCGUGGUGCAACCCGUUACGUGCUUCGAGAAGGGAGGCCACGGACGAGAUAGGAGUGACAAGUUGCGGGCAUGGAUGCAUGAGGAGACGAGGAGGUGGAAACAUCGAAGGAAGGCGUUCGUCGAUGCGUUCGCGUUGACCGAUGCGAGGCCGGAAACGACGCUGGAUGGGUAUCAUUGGUCUGCCGAGGCCGAAAGCGUGCAGAAGUCGUUCGCCAGCUGGGAUCGCAGUGUUCGGCCACUGGUGGGGGAGGCCGAGGAGGCAGCACUGGACUGGGUGUGGGAUGAAGCUCUUCAGAUGUGA